ACAAGGUACCUUAAUGAACACCCGGAGUAUAUGGUAGAAGGGCUUAGCUUUUCACAAUUUUCAUUCCAAGUUCCGAAGCCCUUGCAAGAAAACUAUGUGAGAAAGCGCCCUCGUCCGCCACCUCAAAAUGAUGCCGUUAAUACAGAAGUGAAACCCAUAGCAUGGAUAAGUGACAAUGACGUGGACACAGAUUUGCAGCUCAGUGGGCCCAGGCUUCCUGCCGAAUAUUCUGAAGAUCCUUACCCUGCAACUCAGGCGACAAAGAAGAAGAAGAUGACAUCAUCGUCGUCGGUGGGGGUAAAAUGGUGAUUUAGUUUAAAGUGGGUGUUUGUUAGUGUAAUUAGUAAGAUCUUUGGGAAGAAACGAAAUGGUUUUCGAAGGAACUACAUUUUGGGAUCUUUUCGCAUCUUUCGUAACAUUAUUUUUCAGUCUCGGUUAAUGUUAUGAAAAGAUGUCAGAAAAUUAUGAUGCUUGUGUUGUUGAAGAUUUCAGUUGUCCUAAUCUGUAUGUACAAAUGGAGUUUUGCUAAACUUUACCUUAAUCUUUUUCUUUUUUGCUUUUU